CGAUUGUCUGGGGCUCCGCUUUCCUUGAUUCCUUGGCACAUUCUCUUCCUCUGGACCCCUUUAUAUUCUUCUAGCCACCCAUCAGAAAAACUAGAAAGUUUUAGGGGGCAAAAAAAAAAAAAAAACUACUCAUCCCAGGAUAUUGAAAAACUUUUCAUUUUAGAACAGACAUCUCACAAAUUCACAAGAAUGACGGUUUCAGCUACGGGAAACUCUUCAGACAGUAUUCCCUCUCUGACUCAGGCUGCUCCUCUUGAAGCAGUACUGUUUGAUGUUGAUGGAACUCUUUGUGAUUCAGAUCCCAUUCAUUACUAUGCUUUCCGUGAACUGCUUCCAGAGACAGGAUUCAAUGGUGGUGUUCCAAUAACUGAAGAAUUCUACGUUCAGAAUUUUGCUGGGAAGCACAAUGAUGAUGUUGCUGCUAUUCUUUUCCCUGAUGAUAUUGAAAGGGGCCUUAAAUUCUGUGAGGACAAGGAAGCUAUGUUUAGAAGAUUGGCAAAGGAGCAACUGAAGGCCGUUGAUGGCCUCUACAAACUACGGAAGUGGAUUGAAGAUCGUGGUUUGAGACGCGUUGCUGUUACCAAUGCUCCAAAGCCCAAUGCCGAACUGAUGAUCUCACUACUUGGCCUUUCAGACUUUUUUGAAGCUGUUAUUCUUGGAAGUGACUGCACCCGUGCAAAACCAUUCCCUGAUCCCUACUUGAAGGCACUCGAAAUACUGCAAGUGUCCAAGGAUCACAGUAUCAUCUUUGAGGAUUCUUUUUCUGGAAUCACAGCCGGUGUUGCAGCUGGGAUGCCUGUUGUUGGCUUAACAACAAGAAAUCCUGAGAAUUUGCUUAUGCAAGCAAAGCCUGCACUGCUCAUAAAAAAUUAUGAAGAUCCAAAACUCUGGGCAGCACUGGAAGAGUUUGAUAAGAGAGCUGGCAGAUCAACAGAUACUGCAUUUGCUAACAAGUGAAGAGCAGUGCAAUAUGACCCCCUUGGUAUAUGCAAUAACUACAGCCCAGAACAGCUUCAUAUCCUCUCCUCUCCCUGUUGAAUUGAGGAAAUUUACAGGAUUGAUUGAUGGCGAUGUGAUAUUGGCUUUGGCCACCACAGUUCGAGUCCUUGGACUUGUAAACGUCAAUAUCAACAUUUUGAAGUAUUUUAAGGUUAAAAAUUUAGUGGACACAACUAAAUCAUUGAGAAAUGAAUAUCUGUCAAAUCUCUCUUGCUCUAAUUAUUCUAAACGAUCAACAUAAAAGUAUGUGUUUUGUGGUGUGAAGAA